AUGGGCUUCUUUGACUCAAUCGCCAACGCCUUCUCCUGUGAUGGCAUCGCCACCCGCAUCCUCGAAAAGGUGCCCGUCGUCGGCUACGGCGUCGCUGGAGUUCAAGCCCUAGCCGGCAACACAGAACAUGCCAAACGAGCCCUUGCCACCAGCACCAACAGUCUAAUCACCACGGCCGGUGCCGUCGGUGGUAUGGUUGUCGGUGGACCAGCUGGUGCCAUAGCAGGUGGUGCAGCAGCGUCCACCAUCGGCUUGGGCACUGAGUACGCCAUCAGCACCACCAUCAACGACAAGGACGUCAAGGGCGAUGUUGGGGAGGUUACCGUGCAGAGAGUUGUGACCGACAUGGCCAUCGGUGGUGUUUCUGGCUUGAUUGGCGGCGGAGCUGGUGCCACUGCUGCAGGCAAGGCAGCAGGUAAAGCCGCGAUUGAGGCCACGGCGUCGACGUUGGCCAAGACUGGCUUUGAGGGUGCUGCCAAGGUCAUCAUCACCAAUGUUGGAAAGAGUGCGGCGGGAGCUGUCACAACUGGUAGUUUGGCAUCGCUUGUCCAGGGUGCUAGCAAAAACGUCUUCAACAACACCCCCAACGUCAAGGAACCCGAGCCCAAGCCACCCAAAGUGAGAAAGGUGACGCAGAACCAAGACGCCAGGGCCAAGGAUUUGAUCCAGGACCUCAAGGCCUUUGUCCUCCAGUACCCUCUCUACUGGCUCAACGACGCCUACGCGCAAGUCCAUCUCUACUGGGAUCCCGUUGUCAUUGCCGGCUUGCCUUGGGACCCGGCGAAUCAAGCUGUGCAGGGACAGUAUCAGGCCUUUCAGCAGAAGAAGACAGGGAACCCAGCGUUGAACGAGAAGCCGUUACGUCAAAAGAUCUAUGAGGAGCUCAAGCAGAUUGUUGAUGACCACAACAAUGGAGUACAGCUUGGGGGGAACAAGCAGAAGAUUCUGGACAUGAUUAUCAAGAAGGAGCCUGGGGGAUUUAAUGCAGUUUGGGGUGAGGUUGAGUCGGAGAUGAAUCUGAGGGAUCUGAGGCUGCAGAGCUUCAGCGAGCUGAUGAUUUUGGAGGUUGAGUUUAUGGAUUGA